UCAGGCGCCGCCCCGAGGGGAGCUCUCGGGUUCCCUUUGGAAGCCGUUAGCCGUGGCCGGGCUGCCGUGCGAGUUAUCUGGCGGCCGCGGCGGCGGCGGCUGCUGUAGCCGUCGCCGCCGGAGACGGCUCUCCCGUUAGUGAGCUCCCCUGUGGAGUGGGGCGCGGCGGAGGCUCAGUGCCGCCCCAGGACCCGGCGCUGAGGGGAGAGUUACGCGCCCUGGGCUCGGGCGAUGAUGCUAGGGGCUCGAACGCCCGCGCGCCGGCGCCGAUAGCGGAGGCCCCCCGCCCGGACAACGUAGCUGGAGCCCGUGGCGAGCCUUCCCCGGGCCUGCCUUUGAGCCCACGGCGACGGCGGCGACGGCGGCGGCGGCGGCGACGACGACGACGGCGCCACUGGUGGCAGUGGUGGCGAAGGAAGAAGAAGCGGAGGAAAAAACGGCGGAGGCGGCCCAGCAUCCCGAAACCCUGUCCCCCGCAGGACGAGGCAUGCGCGGAGCCUGCAACUGUGGCUCUCGGGUCUCCUCCCCGCCAGCCUUCCCCGCCUCCGUUGCCUUCACCCCGAAAAGUUCGACCUCCAACACCGCAGCGCCGGCAGCGCAGACGGCGGGCCAUGGAACUCGAGAACAUCAUGGCCAACACUCUGCUACUGAAGGCUCGUCAAGCAGGACUUAGCAAAAAGAGUGGUCGUAGUAAAAAAUGGAGAGAGAUCCUGAAGCUGCCCCCAGUUAGCCUGUGUUUUGACCUAAGAUGCUCCAUCGAAAAGGAUUUUAGCAGCCUUUGUGACAAGCAGCCAAUAGGAAGACUUCUUUUCAGACAAUUCUGUGAUACAAAACCAACUCUAAAGAGAUGCAUUGAAUUCUUGGAUGCAGUGGCAGAGUAUGAAGUUACCAUUGAAGAGGAGCAAAGAGAGUUUGGGCUAGCCAUCUUAAAUAAAUUCUUCAAAGAGAAGUCAGAAGUCCCCUUACCACAGAUACCUUCAGCUGUUGUGAAAACCUGUAAAUGGAAUCUGAAGAAUUCCUCCCCUAAAAAUGUUUUCCAGGAAUGUGCUGGAAUUGUCUAUACCUAUUUGAGUGAAAAACCAUUUGAAGAAUACCAAAACAGUACAUACUUCUGUCGAUUUUUACAAUGGAAAUGGCUAGAAAGGCAGCCAGUAACAAAGAAAACGUUCAGACAUUACAGAGUACUAGGAAAAGGCGGGUUUGGAGAGGUUUGUGCCUGUCAAGUACGAGCUACAGGAAAAAUGUAUGCCUGCAAAAAACUAGAAAAAAAAAGAAUAAAGAAGAGGAAAAGUGAAACUAUGGCUCUGAAUGAAAAAAGAAUCUUAGAAAAAUUGCAUAGUAGAUUUGUAGUUAGUUUAGCCUACACUUAUGAAACCAAGGAUGCCUUGUGUUUGGUGCUAACCAUUAUGAAUGGAGGGGAUUUGAAGUACCACAUUUACAACCUGGGCAAUCCUGGCUUUGAGGAGCCGAGAGCUGUGUUCUAUGCUGCAGAGCUGUGCUGUGGCUUGGAAGAUUUACAGAGGGAAAGAAUUGUAUACAGAGACCUAAAGCCAGAGAAUAUCCUCCUUGAUGAUCGUGGACACAUCCGAAUUUCAGAUCUUGGUCUAGCUUUGGAAGUUCCAGAAGGGGAGAUGGUUCGAGGAAGAGUUGGUACUGUUGGCUACAUGUCUCCAGAAAUUAUCAAUAAUGAAAGGUAUUCAUUUAGUCCCGAUUGGUGGGGACUUGGCUGUCUGCUAUAUGAAAUGAUUGAGGGACACUCUCCAUUCAAAAAAUACAAAGAGAAAGUCAGCCGGGAGGAGCUGGAAAGAAGAGUGAAGAAUGAAACUGAGGAGUACUCUGAGAAGUUUUCAGAGGAUGCCAAGUCCAUCUGCAGCAUGUUACUCAUCAAGGAUCCAAGACAUCGACUAGGCUGUCAGAAUGAUGGAGAUGGAGCUGCUGUUGUAAAGCAGCACCCAGUGUUCAAAGACAUUAACUUCAGCAGGCUGGAAGCAAAUAUGUUAGAUCCCCCUUUCUAUCCUGAUCCUCAGGCCAUUUAUUGUAAGGAUAUCUUGGAUAUUGGGCAGUUCUCUGUGGUGAAAGGAGUCAACCUGGACAGCAGCGAUGAAACCUUCUACGCCCAAUUUGCUACAGGGUGUGUCACCAUCCCCUGGCAGAAUGAGAUGAUUGAAUCUGGAUGUUUCAAGGACAUCAAUGAAAAUGAAGAUGAGGAAGAUUUGCCAUCACAUAAAAAAGAGAAGAUGUGUCCCUCCAUUCUCAGACCAAAGAGAAAUUUCUUCCGUAGACUCUUCAGAAGAGGGGUAAAAAAAUAUUUUGUAAAAAACAAACUGUUGUGGCUGGGGUUCUGCUUAGGGUAGAACAUUUGCAUAGUGUGAGCAAGGGCUUUGGUUCUAAGAAACAGGUAUGGGCAUGUGGAUUCACACCCUCCACAUGUCUGUAUGUGUAUCAGAAGGAAAAUCUUUUCUAAGGGAAACAUCUCUUCCCCUUUUGUUUUGUUUUGUUUUUUGUUUUUGUUUUUCGAGACUGGGUUUCUCUGUAGCCCUGGCUGUCCUAGAACUGGUUCUGUAGACCAGGCUGG